CGGGCGGGGCGGGAUGGGCUCUGGGCGAGCGCGGGUAACGUGCGUCGAGAGGGUCCCGAAGCUCCGCUCUGCCGGAGGCUCCUUGCGCACGCCGAGCCUCGCCUUCCUUCGGCAGGGUACCAGGUGACGGGCGUCUUCAUGAAGAACUGGGACCCGCUGGACGAGCAGGGCGCCUGUUCCGUGGACAGGGACUGCGAGGACGCGUACCGCGUGUGCCAGAAGCUGGACAUCCCCUUCCACCAAGUGUCCUACGUGAAGGAGUACUGGAACGAGGUGUUCAGUGACCUCUUAAAGGAGUAUGAACUGGGAAGGACUCCUAACCCCGACAUAGUGUGUAACAAGCAUAUCAAAUUCAACCACUUUCUCCAUUAUGCUAUGGAUAACCUUGGAGCAGAUGCAAUUGCUACUGGGCAUUAUGCUAGAACUUCGCUGGAGGACGAGGAGGUUUUCCAACAGAAACAUAUGAAAAGACCUCGAGAGCUUUUCAGAAACCGAUUUGAAGUUAGAAACACUGUAAAACUCCUUCAAGGAGCUGACCUCUUCAAAGACCAGACCUUCUUUCUGAGUCAGAUCUCGCAGGAUGCUUUGAGGAAAACCAUUUUUCCUUUAGGGGAUUUAACAAAAAGCUUCGUAAGGAAGAUAGCAUCAGAACAUGGCCUUCAUCACGUGCUAAAGAAAAAAGAGAGCAUGGGAAUCUGCUUUAUUGGUGAAAGAAACUUUGAAAAAUUCCUUCUUGAGUAUUUAGAACCUCAGCCAGGUAACUUUGUUUCCAUUGAAGAUAAGAAGGUGAUGGGAACACACAAAGGUUGGUUCCUGUACACAAUAGGCCAGAGGGCAAGACUGGCAGGCCAGCAGGAUGCGUGGUUUGUUGUAGAUAAAGAUGUCAGCACUGGAGAUAUCUUUGUGGCACCAUCAACAGAUCACCCUGCUUUAUACAGAGACCUGUUGAGGACAAAUCGAGUGCACUGGAUAGCAGAGGAACCACCUGCAGAGCUCGUUAGAGAUAAAAUGAUGGAGUGUCAUUUCAGGUUUCGGCACCAGAUGGCACUGGUGCCCUGCGUGCUGACUCUAAACCAAGAUGGGAGUGUGUGGGUGACACUGGUGAAGCCAGCAAGAGCUCUCACUCCUGGACAGUUUGCUGUGUUCUACAAGGGCGAUGAGUGCUUGGGCAGCGGGAAGAUCCUGAGGCUGGGCCCAUCGGUGUUCACCAUGCAGCAGGGCAGAAACCGAGAGGAGGGUACCAAGAAGGAAGAUAUUGACAAGGUGGAACCAGCAACAUAGCAGUUGGGUUUGUUCACUGAAGGACAUUUGGAUAAUUUGCUGCCUGACAGUAAAAAGAAACAAUGGUAAACGUCUUCUUUGUGGAUCUGAAUGCUCUGAAGGUUGACUGUCUUGUCCCAACUCUUGCAGUUAGCACACAAAACUUUGGAACAAAAGCUAACUUGGCACGAGGUUAUUGAAGUGUGUGAUGGUAUUUAUGCUGAUACAUACAAGAGAAUGUCUUAGAGUUGUUCUAUAACAGAAGUUGCACAUAUAAAAGAAUAAUGUGUGAAAUCAUAACCUUGUAUUUUAUGCAGAAGUGAAAUAAUUUUACUUCCCUGAAGAUAGCUGUUUCCAGGAAAAGUACACGUUGUUCCUACUGUAAAUGUAUGCAUGUGCAUCAAACUCUGGGGAAGGAAUAUGAAGGGUGUUUAAGCCCAGCAUUUUGUCUGAAUGCUGAGCAACGGGUAUUUAUUUUUAAUUAGAUAGAGUUUUAUAAAAAAAUGUUCUAGAUUUUUAACCUGUACUAAGCAGUGCUUCGAAAUGUUUGUAACUCGGAAUUACGAAUCUAGGAGCUUGAAAACAGUCAUGACAUUUCCAUCUUUCACCCAAUUGACUCAUUUUUUCUUAAAUACUGGAAAAAAGCCCACAUUGUCAUCCUUCAGAAAAAUGCAAAUUCAUACAUGUUUCCUUAUUAUACAGCUAACUUAAUGUAGACCAGAUAAGAAUUCAAUCUCAGAUCAUGCCGUGUGUCAAAGGAGUGGCAUUAGGAAGAACCAAAGGCCCCUUUCCAAGUUAUUUGCAUUAAGAACUGAGUGCAUUUUGAGGACACUCUGUGCUUUCAACAAAGCUUUAUUACAGCAAGCCCACAAAAAUAAAGUCCUAUAUUUCCACACAGAAGAUAACUCAUUAAAGUACAGCUAUGCAGGAGCAAGACUUAUUAAAUGGGUGUAGAAUUUUGAAAUUGCAUCCAAUUUGGGCAGUUGUAAAGCUCUGACAUGAAUAGAUCUUUUCAGCUGAUUUGAAGGCUUGGAUUACACGUAGCAUUCUGUCCUUUUCUGUUGUCUAAGCAUCUUCUAAGAAUUUCUUUUAUCCCUUUUUGUCAGAACAGAUUAAAAUAGUCUCUUUUUCUCCAAAGUGUGUCUGUGGAGGGGGGGGAAGAUGGGGAGAAGACUGUCCAUUGUCCACCUGCUGGUCUGGUGAAGGUAAGCACAAUUCAGGGAGCACUAUAGAAAAAAUCUAGACUGUUAAAAUCUUUUAUAUUUAUUUGACAUUACUGUAGAUCUGGGGAGAAAAGCCAUCAUUUUUUACUGGUGCUGAAAUCAAUUCAGUUUAAAAGUCUGUGUGCAGAGGACGUAUCCACAUGCAGGCUAAUGGUGAAGUGUGUUCAUGCCUCGUGUCAGCUCUUGGUUUGUGCUUGAUUGGUUGUGUUACGGGUCUUAGUCUCAAUGAUGUAUGCUCCCAAUGUUUCUCUUGUCUCUCCUGAAACUUUGGUCUUUGCAAAAUGUGGUAUUAACUACUGAGGUGUUAAUGAUCCAUGUUUUUCUCAUCUGAUUUUUCCUGUGAAUGUCCCAAUUAAAAUCUUCACAAAUUCUUUGUGUAAUACUA